GGAAGUAAUCGGGACGUUCGAUUCAGAUUUGACGCUCACGCCUUUCGAAGCUUGAGUGCUAACAAGUGCCAAUUUCCUGUCCCAUAAAUCUUUUCCAAAACAAUUGUAUAUAAUUCCGGAAACGGAUAGAUGAAUAUGUAUUAAAACGUUCAUCUGAUGAAUUUAGGCCCGUGCAAAGGGCGUUCGCGAAAGAGCUGGAAAGAGCUGACGAAGCUCCAUGUACAAACGUGUCGCAUCAUUAGCAAUGACGUGGAUAUAGGUUAAGUUCUCAUUCACGCUCAAACAAAUCAAAUCGCCAAGUAUAUCGAGCAAUUUCUGACAAAGACAAUUGUAAAUAAUGUUCGAAAUCACAGACACGCAAAAAAUUGGAGUGGGACUGGCGGGAUUUGGGAUUUCUUUUCUGUUCCUCGGCGUACUGUUACUCUUCGAUAAAGGUUUACUCGCUAUUGGAAAUCUUCUGUUUAUAUCGGGACUGGCAUGUGUCAUUGGACCGUGGAGGACGUUAAACUUCUUCUUUCAAAGGCAUAAGAUAAAAGCCAGUGCCUCGUUUCUAGGAGGUGUUUUCGUAGUACUUAUGGGUUGGCCCCUUGUAGGAAUGAUUUUAGAAACCUAUGGCUUUGUAUUACUCUUCAGUGGUUUUCUACCAGUAGCAAUAAAUUUUCUACGAAGAGUACCUAUAUUGGGAACUCUAUUAAAUAUGCCUGGUAUCAGUCGAGUUUUGGACAUAAUAGCAGGUGAUUCUAAUCGGACAACUGUAUGAUACAACUAUAUAUUAUAUUAAAACCAUCUAUAUCUUUUUGCUUGGAACCUGUACAUAAACCAGUCAAAUGUUCAUGUUUCAUAUUUUUUUUGUUAUUUCCGUUUAAGAACGUCAGCUGUCAAGUUUUGUACAAAAAUGUAAGAACUUACUUAUUUCUUAUAUAAGUCGUUAUAAGAAGCGCCAUUAAUAUAAUGAAUUUGUAUCUUUCGAAUUUAUAUACAUAUAACUUAUAUGUAUUGAUUAUGUCAAGGGUACACUUGGUUACAUAAAACAUUCCAAGUUUUUUUUGUAAAAAAAAAGGUAAUAUUCAUUUCCUUCAUCUUAAAAUAUCCAUCAUUGUAAACAAAUCCAUCAGUAAACAAAUAAUAAUAACAACAAAUGUACCCUUCUCCUGAUCAAGUAAUGAAUGUUUCGGGAUAAUGUAAUAAAUGGACGUGUUUAAUGUGUUAUUUAUCAUUAA